UUUGGUGUCACUUGUAGUCCAAAAAGGCAAAGGGUUGUAGCCUUGACUCUUCCCAAUUUGCAACUUCAAGGCACAAUUUCCCCGUCUUUGGCCAAUUUGUCCUUUCUCAAUGUUCUCAAUCUCCAGAACAACAGCUUCCGUGGUGGCAUCCCUUAUGGACUUGGCCAAAUGCCUCGCUUACGAGUGAUUACGUUAAAAACAAUCAGCUCAGCGGAAGUAUACCGACAAGUCUAUUUCAACACCAGAGAGUUCAAGUAAUUUCAUUGGCUUUCAAUGAACUCAGUGGUGAAAUGUGGAGAGGGCCAUGGUAUGUACCCCAACUCAGAGUCUUAAAUCUCAGGAACAAUAGCCUCACGGGUAUAAUCCCUCCUUAUGUUGGAAAUGCCACAAAAAUGAUGAACUUCAGUUUGUCUGGGAAUAGAGUCAGCGGUAACAUUCCAAAGGAAAUUGGUAAUCUGAGCCAGCUUGCAUUUUUGCCCUUGUUCGAUAAUCAAUUAACAGGUUCCAUUCCCGCAACACUGUUUAAUAUCUCGUCGCUACUUGCCGUAUCUCUGGCAAACAAUAGCCUUUCUGGUCCUCUCUUGCUAGAUGAAGGGAAUAUUGUGUCGAAUCUGAAGUUUUUAAGUAUAUCUUUCAACAAAAUUUCUGGUUGCAUUCCUUCCAACAUAUGCCAACUCACAGAGCUCAAGUUUUGUCCAUAUCUUUCAACAAUAUAAUUGGAGACAUACCCAAAAAUAUUGGUUGUUUAUCCAAGCUCGAGGAGUUUUAUAUUGGUGAUAAUCCAAUAAAAGGGACUAUUCCCACUUCAUUGGGAAAUAUUUCCACUCUGCAUAAUCUUAAUUGCAAAAACAAUCACAUAGUGGGGCAAAUUCCUCCGGAAUUAGGGAAGCUAUCAAAUUUGAGGGAAUUAAAAUUGGCCAAUAAUUAUAAUCUAAUUGGUGAAAUUCCAGAGGCUAUUUUCAACAUAUCUUCUUUGGAAGUGAUUGCUUUCAGUUUCAAUAACCUCUCGGGGAGAAUUCCAACCACUACAGGUCUUCAUCUUCCGAACCUUAAAGAACUUUACUUGGGAGACAAUCAGCUUGAAGGGGAAAUUCCAUUGUUCAUAACAAAUGCUUCCAAGCUUCAGACACUGGCGCUAAAUGAUAACUCUCUCAAAGGAACUAUUCCUAACAAUUUGGGGAAUCUUCGUGAGCUGCAAAUACUGCUCCUACACACUAAUCAACUUACCAAUGAACCAAGAAAGCAUGCGUUGAAAUUCUUCAAUUCUUUGGCGAACUAUAGGAUGUUGAGAUAUCUAGAAGUGGGUAACAAUCCGUUGAGUGGCGUUCUGCCAAAUUCUAUUGGGAAUCUCUCAUCUACUAUUGAAAAAAAUUAUUUAGCAGAUGCACACAUCAAUGGCCUCAUCCCCACAAGGACGUAUUCCAGAGGCGGUAUGCAAUUUGUCUGA